GCUGUUUAUGUUUUGUUCCGAUGACCGUUAUAAGUGGCUAUACCUUUCUUGUUCGACUUAUUUAUAAUAAAAUACGUGGGAAAAAAUUCUUUUUAGUUAAUUUAUAAAAUAUCAUAAUGGAGGGCAACAUCAUAAACAUAGUUACUACAAAUAGGUGCUUUGGUUAGCGAAAGAGAACAGUUGCUUAAAUUUCGACGUUGUAAUGGGGAUGUUUCACAUUCCAGCCGGUUGAGGCGUGGGAAAAAAAAUAAUAAUAAUAAAAAAGAAAAAUCCAAAGGUGUUCAGUACGAGACUUAGAAGCCUAGUUAUGUCGUUGAUUAUGAAAACGCGAUGUAGGAUGAUUUCACUGUGUUGUCAUCGUGGAGAAAACAUUUUCAAGAGGUGACGAGUGGCUCGUAUAAAUGAAGGCGUCAGGACCUGGAGCCCCCACCCAUGGCUCGAAAUGAAAGGGCAGGUAAUUGUUGGUCCCAGCCUCGGCGAUCAACACCUGUCAAGAGUCGGUCUGGUUGCAGCCGGGGGCUGGGAGCUGGAGAUCUGGAUGAACUUGGAGAUAUAGUGAACGUGCUCACUUGUGGAGAAAGACAAAAAAGGGGGCAAGCAAGUAAGAGUGUUUCAAACAGUGGAAGUUAUUCAGCAUCUGACUGCUGCCUGAAAAAUGGCAGAGUACAAUGCAGUUGUUUGUGGCCUAAAAGCACCUAUCCUGAACAAAGGAAAAACAGCCAUUGUUUCUCAAAAUCCUUCAACAAAAGCUUGCCAUAUGAGAAUAAGUCUUCCUGUUGGCCUGAUAAUGAUAUAUCAAAUGGAUUUUGCCAAAAUAAUAAAAUGCUUGAAGAAUUUAUUCUUGAUGAUAAUGAAUUAUGCCUACUUAAUUACUAUGACAUUCCAGUUGAUGUGCCAAAACGACAUCAUGUGAGGAAUACUGGAAAAGUUAAAACUGUUUCUAUAAUUGACACUCUGAGUGAGUUAGCUUCAGGUGCUACUGAUAGAGAAGAUGAGGGGGGAUUUUCAUCUGCUGUUAGUGAGUCAGCAGUUCUUAAUCGUUAUUUAUAUAGGCCCAAGGCAAAGCAUGUUCGGCAGUCUGUGCCUCGAAGAGAUAGAGGACUACGAUCAAAUUAUAUCCCAGCUCCAAGUACAUCAAAAUUGCCAGUGGAUAAUUCUAAAACCACUAACAGGUCCACACUGUUUACACCAGUUAGACCUCAAAAUGAAAUACCUAGAGAUUUUCAUUCUCAGAACUUUGUAGAUGAUGGAAAUUUCACCUGCAGUUCCUUGAAAAGGACGCUAAAGUACUUGCGCAAAGCUGUUUCUUCAAAUGUUGUAGAAGAAGAAACACGAAGUCGCAGACCUGUGCGAGAAAAAUGUGAGCAAGAUGAUGCAUUUCGUCUUUGUUUUUCUGAUAGUGAAGUAAAAGAUGCACCUGAGCACUGGGUGCCUUUCCGAAAUAACAGAAUUGAAUUCCCUUCACGUUCAAAAUCAAAAAGCCUUCUGACAGUGUUAGAUCCAUUUACAUCUCAGCCACCUAAACCGAAACCGUUAUUUCGAAGCAGGACUAAAAGUGUUGUUCCUGAAUGGAUUCAAGAAGUUUUUGCUUCUGCCAAGAAAGGUGAUGUGGAAAAGAUGAAACAAAGUUUAAAAGAAAUUGAUCCAGCUCUUGUUCGAAAUUUAUCCGAUGACCAUGGGAAUAAUUUAUGGCAUAUUUGUGCGGUUCAUGAUAAUUUUGAGUGCCUAAAUUGGUUAUGCACACAUAACAAGCAUCAUGCAGAUGCCCUUAAAGAUGAAAACAAAAAUGGUUUCUCUCCAGUGGCUCUUGCUGUUAAACAUGGCAGUUUGCUUGCAGUACAGUGGCUUAUUCACAAUACUGUUAGUAAGUGUCAGUUGUUACCUCAGCCUGAUUCUAGGUCCUUGCUGCAUGUGGCUGCUCGAUAUGGACAGUAUGCUAUUGUGGAGUGGCUUUUAGGUUACAUGUCCUCACAAGAUCUUGAUGCAAGUAUUGUUGAUUCAGAAGGCAAUACAGCCUUGCAUCUUGCAUCUAAGUAUGGUCACAUAGCUUGUGUGAAGGCAUUGAUUUUUCAUAUUGGGAGCCUAAAAACUAGGAAUGAACGUGGUCUGAAACCUCUGGAUUUGGCUGUGAAGCAUUCUAGAAAUGACUGUGCAGAUUACCUAAUUGCGAUGGAAUCAUCGUAUAAUUUAGCUGCUCUUAAUUUGCGCCAGCAUUCAGAAAUUCAACAACUUCAGAAAGAAAAUGCUGAAGUAAAAAGUUAUUUUAAAGAGCUUUUAACAUUGACAAAACGUCUUCAGCACCGUCAAAAGGAGCUUGUGCAGUCAUUUACUAGACUGAAUUUGUCAUCUCAGUUAUGCUUAGACUCAACCGAUAGGGUCACUGAUAAAUGUAGCAGAUAUUUAGAUGAUUACUCUCAUCUGCUAUCGACUGUAAUGACAGAUGAAGAACAUCAUUUACUAAUGGUUGAAGAUAGAUGGAAAAAAUCCAAAAGACAAACAAAAUUGCCAGAAAGUAGAAAGAAACCUUUGGAUGUGUUACGAUCACAGUACAGUCAUGUUUUAGAUAAAGUCAUCUGUCAAAGUCCGCCUAUACCGUCCACUCCUGAAACUUCAGAUGGCAGCUGGCAAAGUGGGGAUGAUGAAUGCAUACCUAUUGAAAAACCAUUCCCUGAUUUUUCAGCUCCAGAUGUUGUGAACUCUCUCUCACCACAAACUUCUGUGCCUUAUUUAGACACCAGACGAAAAUUCCACAGUGAUUGUAACAAUUCAACUUCUGGAGUAAAUAAUGAAUUAGACCUCAAGUAUAAUACUGUGCGUGAGCAAUCUGUUUUAAAUGUGACUUCAUCAUCAGUUUUAUCAAAGCAGUUAACUAACAGCAGAGAUGUAAAUUUACGUAUGUUUUUUAAACAGAAUCCUAACUUGAGACAAUCUGGUGAAACUUGUUCUGUGUUAGAGGUUCUUGAGCCAUCUAGUAGUGACAGUGAAGAAUGCUCAAAUCAUAAGAAACGCUUAGCAAAAUGUUACUUAUCUGAAAAAGAAACAGAACAAAGCUCAUCAAGUUCUGCAAUUGAAACUUUGAGCCCUUAUUCAUGUAGACCUUCUUCUUCAGGUUCCAAAGCAUCUGAAAGUCACAGUAAUAGUAGUGGCAGUAGAAAGAAUCGUUUUAUAACAAGCAAUAAUGUUCAAAAUGAUAAUGCAUCUUCUGCCUCUGAAAGAACUAAAGCUGCGGAAGACACGCAGAAUAGUCCAAAUGAAGUUGGAGACAAAUCUCCAAAUGACCAACUGUCUAAAAGUAAUAAUUUUUCCUCUGAACCUGAUUUAAUCAAAGGUACACAAAAGAAAAUAGUUCCAACUCUUAAUGCUGUAGCUGACAAAGACAAGAAAUCAAAAGAUAAUUCAUUUGAUAAUAUAGUUACAGAUAAUCCUAGCAUCAGUACAGAAGACAGUGAGAGCUUAGAUGCAGACCAUAGUUUUUCUAGUGCAAAUGAGGUUCCUGACACAUUGCUUUCCUCUCAUAUAAACUCAGAGCCAUCCAGUAGUAAUCCAACAGUUAAGAAAAAAAGUUUUCUUCUAAAAUUUGCAUUGCGGGGCCGUUGGCCAUCUAAAGUUUCUCCACGUUCCUUAAAAAAUGAAAUUUCUCCUGAAGAAUUUCGUGAAACUUACUCAAGGUCCACUCCAGCAGAUCCUGUUCUGCCUACUAGUCAAUUAGUUACUGUUUCUGAAUGUCCUAAAAAAAACUUAACGCAGCUUAAAAAUGAUGCUGAAAAUUCGGUUUUAGAUUCUGUCGAUAAAGAUGCUACUAAUAAUGAAGCAGCACAUGAUGGUGGUCAUUUUUCACGUACUACUCCUAAAGACCAAGGUCCUGUAUGUACUAGAAGAGGUUUACUUCCACCACGUCGUGAUCCUCCUCCAGCUCCACCUUUCAAUAUCAGGGAUGAUGAACAGUCACAAGAUCAUUCAGAUGAUGAUAUGAGUGUCAAUAUUCAAAAAUCGUCUAUAUCUUCCUUUGUUGAGGAUUGUAUAACUCCAUCAGAGUCGUUACAGAAUUCAUAUUUGGGCUCUGGAUCAUCAGACUUAUGGAAUUCUUCCGAUUCUAAAUCACUCUUUAGGCCUGCAUCUUCUGCAUCUAGAGUUGACUCGCUCACAAGAGGUGAGGAGAACUUUUCUUUAAAUAAAUCUUCAUCUGCAUCUACUGAAAUGCUGUCAGCACUGGAUUCUUCAAUUGUCGGUCGUCAGUCUCCGGCACCAAGUGAAGUAUCAAAGACAGAGAGUGCACUUUCACCACCUAGUGAUGUUUCAAAAACAGAAAGCACACGUUAUCUUAGUCAGUUGGGUAGGAUUGAAGAAAGUGGGCAUCUGAAUGCUAUGAAAGUGUCAAAUCUGCAAAAUAAAGAUGAGCAAAAUAUCAAAGAAACUUCUCUGUUGAAAGAGGUUAAAACAGAAGCAAAACAAAAGAAGAAACAAAGUGCUAAGAAACUGAAUUCAGAUAAGCCAUGGUAUGAAUUCUCUGAUGAAGAAGAUGUGAUUGUUCCUCAGCGCUACAAAGCUGUCUCUGUUAGUAUGAGAAGUAGUUCUGAAGAUGAAGCAGUUACAGGAUGAGAAUGCUCCAUAGACUGCUGUGGUUAUUGGUUAUAUGGACAACUUCAGUUAAAAUGGUUAUUAAAUUCUCUUGUCAAGAUGAUGAAUCAAACCUAUACUUCACAAUAACGUAUUUUAUUUUAAACUUUUAACAUUUUAAACAUUUUAAAGAGAAAAAAUAAGCAUUCUUGAAAAUACAAGUAAAAUUUUAGAACCAAAAUCAAGAAAAAGGUAUAUUGAGAUUCACCUUAAUGUAUGUUUGCAAUUUAUUGUAGUAAAUUUAUAUAUGUUAACACCACUGGAUUAACAGUUGACCUAAGUUCAUUUUCAUAUCUGAUUCAUCUGACAUGGCUUCAAAUGAAAAUACUUCUAUGAUUAUCAGUAAUAUUUUGAAUUGGAUAUUUUGAUAAUCCAAUUCUUUAAGAAACAAAUCCUUAAAAAAAGAAAAAGUAGUAAUGAUUUAUUAACUAUGCAUUUAUAUAAAUUAACUUACAGAUAACAAAUUUUUAUUAUAUUUGGUACUUUGAUGUAUUUUUAAAUAGUUUUUUAGUCUUGUUCUGCACCUUGCUUUUUGAAAUACAGUUCUGACACUAGUAUAUAUUAACAUUGCUAAUUGUUAAGAAUAUACAUUUGAAUUUAAAUUCAUAAAAAUAAGAACACUAAAAAAGAAAUGUUUAUGUAUAAAUCUGUAAAUAAAAAUUAUAAUAAUUUUAACAUAGUAUUAAUUAUACACUGCUCAAAACAGUCAGAGGAUAUUUUGAUUUUUGAAUUUUUUGCAGGUAAGGAAAAGUGUUUUUAGCCUGUAAAUGAUCUGUAGGCAUUGUAAACAAUGAGAAAAUAAAAUUACAUUCAGAACAAGGACUAAUUAAAUCUUAUUCUUGGUUGUUUAUUGGGGAAAACUAAAUUGCCUAUUUUAUACAUAUCAUAUAAAACAAAGGGGAUAAAGUGUGAUUUUUAGGAUUAAAAUGAGUUAAUAAUGGGUGUGGUUUCUCUUGAUUGAAAGCAGCAUUUAUUCCAAACUUAAAAAGCAUAGUCUCAAUGAGAUUAUCAAGGAAAGAAUGGGAUUUUCUUUUCUACUCCUGUACAAGAGCGGUUUCUAGGGGUGUUCAGUGACCCAGAAACCUUCUUCCUAGAAUGGAUCAAACGUGUUCAUUUCAGUUCAUAUCUGAGGAACAUGCUCAUCCAUAUAUUCUAACUUCAUGAAAAGCAUCACUAGUUGAGCACUAUGUGGUCUGGCAUUAUUAUCCAUGAGAAUGAAUUCAUUCCUUAUUACUGUAUCAUAAGGGACCAAAAGAGGUCUAAAAUCACUGAAGCAUCAGCACUUCAUUUCUGAUGAUAUAAAAGGUUGAUCCAACCAUUAAUAGAGAUACCGACCCACACCUCCUCCAAAUAGGAUACUUUUGUUUAUUAAAUGCAGGAUUACUGUGAGUGCCACAUUUGUUCCAAAGGAUAAACCAUCUGUUAUCUCCAGCUGAUAUACUCUUGUACCCAUCUUUUGCAGGCACGACUAUGGCUUUAUGUUAAAGAAACACAAACCAUAUAGCUGGAAGCAUAUAAACCAACACUAUAAAGCAGAAAUAUCAGUGCCAAGUAGUCCUUAAAAGCUGCUGUUGAAGUGGCAUUGUUACACUUCUGCAGCCUUUUCUAUACCUUCGCCUAACACUUCUAGUUUCUAAGAACAAAUUGCAAAGUCUAAUUUGGAAAUAACACUUUGAUGCACUCCAAAAGUUUCUGUUACAAUAAGGUUGCAUAUGACCAACUUAUAAACUCUAGUGACCCUCCAGGUUACCAAUUUGGCUAAAUCGUGUUGUUGAGACAUUCCAUUAAUUGCCAUGAAGCAUUCAAUGCAUGUCAGUUGUUUCUAAUUUCUAUCUACAUAAAGAAUGUUAUAGGUCACUCCUUAUCAGAAAAACACAUGAACAGUUUUUGACAUCACAAACAAAAUUUACAUAUAAUUCAUAUAUGUAAUCAUAACUUUUUUACACUCUUUUCUUUAAUUUUUGUUAAAAAUUAAUAGAUCAUAUAUGGUUAUUUCAUGCUAAAAUCAUAUCCUCUGAUUAUUUUGAGCAGUAUACAGUAAAUACCAACAUUUUGAAAAUUUUUUAAUAUAUUUAUUCAAGUAAUAACUAUUCAGUAUUGCAGAAAUUAUGAGAUAAAUUACAAACCUAUCUUAUAUAUUACCAUACCUUUUAACUUUUUAAUAUUAAAAAUAUACUCGGCUUAAUAAUUCUUAAUAAAUAUUAGCCAAGUUAACUUCUACAAAAAUGCAGUAUAACUCUUUAAAUUUUCCUCAUGUUUUUUCUAGAACAGAAAGUCUGUAAACUUAAAAGCAGUUAGUCCAGUGCUUUUCCCAAUAAUUUGACUUCUUUCAUUUUUAUUAAAUUUAUGGUUAACUCUCAGAAUAAAUAUUUUCUGAUUUCUAUGAAAGAUAGUGCAGUUUCUUUUAACAGGCUGACUUAUAGCAUUUUAUAUAUUGGUUUUAUUGACUAUGUGAUUUUACAUUUCAUGCAACUUUGAUAAGAGUAUUUAACAGCCAUAAUAUAUUAAAUGUUACUCAGGGAUUCCAUGGAAAUGAUUCAUGUAUGAAUUGCUGUUUUUGAGUUGAGUAUUGAAUUUAAUCAUCAAAUAUCUCAGAAAAAAACGUUUUUGUUUGCUUAGUUUUUACUUGCAUUUCUCAUUACAGUUUUAAUACUAAGUAUUUAUGUACCUUAAGGGUAGCCCCACCUAAUGUUCAGACGGGUAUUUUUCUACUAUCACUGUAAUGUUUGUUUUGAAUUUAUUUCUGUUUCAUAAACUGUAUUCAUUUUUAUUUGUUAAGCUUUCUAAAUAAAAAAUAUGUACACCUAUUUUUAAGUGGUGUCUCUCUAAGAAUAAAAGUGUAUUUUAACAUAA